UCAUGAAUCCCCGAAAGAAAGUGGACUUGAAACUCAUCAUCGUUGGUGCGCUUGGUGUUGGAAAGACCUCUCUCCUCCACCAAUAUGUACACAAAACCUUUUUUGAGGAAUACCAGACCACCCUGGGGGCCAGCAUCCUCUCCAAAAUCAUCAUUCUGGACAACACCACUUUGAAGCUCCAGAUCUGGGACACAGGUGGUCAAGAGCGCUUCCGCUCCGUGGUAUCAACAUUCUACAAAGGUUCCGAUGGCUGUGUCCUGGCUUUCGAUGUCACUGAUCCGGAGUCCUUUGAAGCCCUGGGUAUCUGGAGGGAUGACGUCCUGGCCAAGAUCAACCCCAUGGAGCAAUCAUAUCCCAUGGUAGUGCUUGGGAACAAAAUCGAUCUGGAAGACAGGAAGGUGCCCCAGGAGGUGGCCCACGGGUGGUGUAAAGCGAAGGACAUGCCUUACUUUGAAGUUAGCGCCAAGAACGACAUCAAUGUGGUCCAAGCCUUUGAGGUUCUGGCCAGCCAGGCUCUGCUGCGGUACCAAGGCGCUGUAGAGAAUCACCUUGUGGACUCCAUCAAGCUCUCUCCAGGCCAGCCGAAGAGCAGAUGCUGCUGACUUGUGGGCUCAUCCUCGGCCCCAUUGGCAGCCGGGCAGGACGCUGAUUGCAACCUCACCUCCGCCAGCCCCCUGCAUGCCCCUACCGAGGCCAGAGGCUGCAGCAAGAGAGAACGCCACAAGCCAAUCCUGAGCCCAGGGCAAUCACAGGACUCUCGAGGGCUCAAGCUCUUCGGCCUCCUCUCCCCUGGCACAGUCUCUCACCUCUGCAGACAGGCUACUUCCUUGAGCCCUCAGACCUGUAACUUGGGGCUGGCAUUACAGCCCUGCUUCCCUCAGUGGCCAGGCUGAGGAGCCAGGACACCGAGCUUCUGCCCGCAGCUUCUUCCAGGGAGAACUGAGGACACAAGACAAAAAUGAUUGUUCCUGCUUCCCAGGUGCUCAAACAACUCCCACAACUGAUCAGGCCUCGGUGUAUCCACCUGCUGGAUGAACAUCCCAAGGUCCCCGAGUCCCAGUGCAGUUUGAGAACCAGAAGAUCCAUUUAGGUGCUGCAGACUUGCUACUGCGGACUUGCUACUGCGGACAGACUCAUUUACUCCUUCAGCAAGUAUUGUUGAUGCCUUUGAUACACAUUGCACUGAGGAUUGGUAGCAAUACAACAGACGGAAGUCCCGAUUUCCCAAAGAAAUCUGGAAAGAAAGGGAGUCAGCAGACACGGAGUAAGACGACAGAGCAAUGAGGUGCUGUUUAGACAAAGGGGUCCAUGAGGGCUUUCCUGUGGAGGUGACAGCUGGACUGACAGCUACGGUAUGAGCUACAGGAAGAGCCUAUCAGGAGAGGUGAUGGACAGCAUGCUAUAUUCCGUACGAAAGGUCUUUGCCUGAGGUAUCAAAGCUGCUGUCCAAGGAAAUCCUGCUCCCAGAGGGCGCAUGAUGAUUUGGUGAUUGACCACCAGGGGGCAGAGGUGUCCUCUGCUUCCAGGCUGUGGCGUUUGUUCUGGGGACACUUGAAAGGCUGGUUUCUGUCAAGUAGAUGGUUGAAGCUGUUCCCAGGCUCUGGAAUGUCGAACCUGGGUUUGUUGGGUAAGAAUUCAAAUGUUCUGAGUAAAUCCU